CUAGAAUUACCACAUUUUGUGAAAGAAGAAUAACAAAAAGGCCAAAGAUAUUUCUGUAAUUGGACGGGAAGAAGUUACUGAGAAGCUUCCCAAAAUCCCCCUUCCUUUUCAGAGUUUUUACUAUAUUUUGAAAACCAGGCAAUUCUUCUUGCUCUCCAAAUCAAAGUCUUUAAAACCCAACAAAAAUAUUCUCGAGAAACAAACAGAAAAACCCAUCCCUUUGCAAUUAAAACCAUGAAACUACAGACCCUAGCCAUUUGCAUUGGAGGCGCAAUCCUAGCCUCUCUCGUCAUGUUCUGCCUCCGUUUACUCCUCAAAUACAUGCACGAUUCCACACAAUCCCCUUCUCCAGAGUCUCCGGCGGCCCAGGCAGCGGAUCACCACCUAUCCGGCAUCCCCGUCUAUGUCUUCGAUUCGAAAGUGGCAAUACCUUCUCCCUCACGCCCAAAUUCUUCCAGCUAUGAGAGCUGUGCGAUAUGCUUAGAAGCGUACGAGCAUGGCGAUGAAGUGAGGGUCCUGCCGAGAUGCGACCACAUGUUUCACAAGGAAUGCGUGGAUCAAUGGCUGCUUUCACAUUCUCUUCAGUGUCCCACCUGCAGGAACCAGGUUAUAGAGACGAAUGUGCAGAGUGAGAGGACUCGUUGCGUAGCGGAAGCAAAUAGGGAUCCUUUUAAUUUAGUUGCUCUCAAUUUUCAUACUAAUGGAUCGAUCUCGAUUUUACGAGGACGGACUUGAGAUUUUGCUCUCGGUUAGUUGUUAGGGACACAUGUGCAUCACGUCAACCUAACCUCCUACAGAGAAACCUAACCUCCUACAGAGAAGGGUUGGAUGGAAGUUGGAUGGUGUUGGCUUGUUGCACACGAUCACUCGUAGUUGUGAUAGUUAUCACAUUUGUGUUAUUGCUUCCUAGUUUGAAGAAGUGGUGUGUUGUGUUACGUUUGAUGACAACUCAAUCUCCUUUCUUUAAUUUUAUGUGAAAGGGAAUGAGAGUAACAGUGGACUUUUAAGUCUUGGA